AUUAUGGUUAAGAACGACUCCGGACAGACUGACGCCAUAGUUCAGGUGUUUGUCAAUGAUCUGCUUGGUAAGCCAACCGGUCCUCUGGAUGUCACUGAUAUCAACAAGAGUUCGGCGACUAUUUCGUGGAAACCACCUAAAUAUGACGACGGAUGUAAAAUAACACAUUAUAUCAUUGAACGAAAAGAGACGAUACAUAAUCAAUGGGUUGCGGCUACCUCUUUCUGUAAGGACACCACUUUUACGUGUCAGGGAUUGAAUAAGGGCGGAGAGUAUCUCUUCAGAGUUAUGGCCGUCAACGAGAACGGACAAAGCGAACCAUUAGUCGGCAAAAAUCCUAUCGUUGCUAAACCACCCUACGAUAAGCCGUCGGCACCGGGAGUACCAAAUAAAACCGAUAUUAGCGGCGAUUUUGUUAACCUUCAUUGGGAGAAACCACAAUCGGAUGGCGGAUUUAGAAUUCAGAGCUAUAUUGUCGAGAAACGAGAGACAGGAUCGGAAGCCUGGCAAAGAGUUAACGUUGCGUACUGUCCUUCAACACAAAUCAAUAUAAUUAAUCUAAUCAAAGACCGACAGUACGAGUUCAAAGUAUUUGCCGUCAACGAUGCCGGCCUCUGUCCUUCCUUACAGAACACCGGAUACAUUAAAAUCAAAAACUUAAGAAUCACUCAUCCAGUGUUUAUUAUUGUACAAAAAAAAAGGAUGGCCGUCGAGAAUAAAAACACAAUAUUUACUUGUACUGUAAUGGGUGUUCCCAAACCAGCAAUUACGUCUUUUAAAGGAGUCGAAGAGUUAUAUGACAGCGGAAAGUAUAGUAUGAUUAAAGACGGGGACACUUAUACAUUAACCAUAUUUGAAGUUUUCGGAAAAAACGCCGAUGAAGAAAAGAUUGAAAUCGGCGAUCACUUUGAAGUCGAAGUUAGGGAAAGGCACGCAAUUCUAACAACACAAGGGGUAUCCAAACUGGACUCCGGCCCCUACAAUACGACCUCUAAGCAUGAGCUGGGUAUUGACUCGAAAGUUAUUAAAAUGCAAAUCAGUGACUGUCCGGAUUUGCCGCGAUUCCCAAUUGUCGAACUGGUAGGCGACGACUUCGUGACCCUCUCAUGGAAGGCACCCCUGUGGGACGGGGGCUCAACCAUCACUAACUAUAUUAAUGAGAAAAGGGAACCAACAAUAGAUAGUUGGGUCCUAUGCGGAACCACCAGGUUUUUGAUGUAUCAGAUAACAGGACUUAACCCCAAUCGCGACUAUGUAUUCCGAGUGUUCGCCGAAAAUAUGUUCGGAAAGAGUGGACCGUCGGAAAAGACACAGAAAAUCACGACCAAACCAUCAGAAAAGGAUAGACGACGUAAAGGUUGUCAAACGGACGACUCGGGUCGUAGAAUACGUGGAAAAGAAGAAAUGAACAAAGAAUCAGUUGCCGUUAAAAAGUCAACUAAAGAGGAGGAAUCCAUUACUGUUAAAAACACUGUCGAAGACAAACCAAAACAAUCGAUUAUUAAAAAAGACGUGAUAGAAGAAAAAAGAAAGGGCUCUAUUGUUAUUGAAGAACCAAAGAAAAAGUUAUCACUGAAGAAAUCUCGCGAAAAAACUCCACAACCGACCGAUACCGGAGCGAAACAGAAGACCACUAAAGAGGUCAAAGAAAAUGAAAUGGAAAUCAAAAAGACAACUAUAAUCGAUGACAAAAGAAAGGAUUCAAUUACUGUUGAAAAACCGAAAAAACGACUUUCAAUUGAGAAAUCACGUGAAAAGACGCCGACAGAUAAUGGAGUCAAACAAUUACAAAAAGAUGAUAUCGGAGAGUAUAGCGUGGCAUCGGAUAAGGGUAUUGAAUGCAGUUGUAAUGUGGAAGUCAAAGAGGUAGAGAAGAAACCGGAGCUACGAUUAACACAAACUGACUAUCAGGUAGACGCUAACCAUCUGUUCAGUAUAGAGAUUCCGUACAAAGUUCAAGGAACCCGUACUUCUAAUGUUUUACCGAAACUGAUGCGCAAUGGAGAGCCUGUCAGUACUAAAGAUGUUGAUAUUGUUAUAAAAGAAGACAAAAUUAUAAUAACAUUUAAGAAACCGACGCGUGAGAGCUCAGGUCCGUAUGAUUUCAGUUUAGGCAACAGUCAGGGCGAGUCUAAGACACCGCUUAAGUUUAACUUUGUGGACGUGCCGUCACCUCCAGAGGGAUCGUUGGAUGUGACCGAUGUGUUCCGCGAUCGCUGCAAACUGGCGUGGAAUCCAACCAAAGAUACUGGAGGUCUACCUCCAUUGUAUUAUGUCGUCGAACGACAAGAUUUAUCAAUGAGAGGCGGUUGGGUUGAAGUGGGAACCACUCCCGACUGCAAUAUGGAUGUCACAGAUUUGGCGCAUAAGAAAGAGUAUAAAUUCCGUGUCCGUGCCGUCAACAAGAAGGGUGCGUCCGAACCAUUGACUGCACCGAAAACUUAUUUGGCAGAAGAUCCGUACGACGAACCAUCCAAACCUAAAGGCGUGGAGAUUGUCGACUGGGAUAGGGAUCACGUGGACCUCAAAUGGAAAGCACCCGAAAAAGAUGGCGGAGCACCCAUUGAAAAAUAUAUUGUUGAAUCAAAAGAUAAACUCUCAGCCGAUUGGGUCACAGCACUGGAAGUGUCAGGCAAUCAAUUAGAAGGAAAAGUAGUUCCGCCAGCUAUUAAAGAGGGCCAACAAUACCAGUUCCGAGUUCGAGCCAUCAAUAAGGCCGGUCCUUCCGAACCCAGUGAUCCGACUAAAAACUUGAUAGUAAAGGCACGGUUUGUCAAACCUUUUAUUAUUGGUGACGAUCUCAAGAAUUUGGUGGUCAAGAAGGGCGCUAUUAUUAAGUAUGAUAUUCAGUACGGCGGAGAACCGGCACCUGAGGUCAAGUGGGCUAUCAAUUGCGUGGAUAUCAAGCAAUCGAGUCGUAUAUCAAUUGAAAACACACCAAAAAAUACAUUAUUACUGAUAAAACAAGCCGUGAGAGCAGAUUCCGGCAAAUUUACAUUGACUUUGACUAACGGUUCCGGCACUAUAUCCAAAUGUGCUGAUGUAGUAGUUCUCGAUAAGCCUACUCCUCCUGAGGGCCCACUUGUUGUUGAAGUGGUAUUCACCGAGUCGGCUAAACUCAAAUGGAAACAACCAAAAGAUUUGGGCAGAUCUGAACUCAAGGGAUACCAAAUCGAGAAAAUGGAUGUCGACAGCGGUCGGUGGGUACCGGUUGGUGAAGUCGGACCCAAUGCCAACAGUUUUAAAUGUGAAGGUCUAACCAGAGUCAAGAAAUAUAAAUUUAGAGUUAAAGCCAUCAAUAAAGAGGGAGAGUCUGAACCGCUAGAAACAGACGGACCCAUUGUGGCGAAGAAUCCAUUAGAAGAACCAUCGAAACCAGGAAACCCAGAAGUUGUUGACUACGAUAAUACAAAAGUUGACCUCAAAUGGACAGCGCCUGAAAAAGACGGCGGAAGACCUGUUGAGUGUUAUAUCGUUGAAAUAAAAGUCAAGUUUUGCAACGACUGGAAAGAAGUGCUUCGAACACCUUAUGCCAAACCAGAAGUCUCUGUUAAGGGACUCAAAGAGAACUCAUCCGUUCAGUUCAAGGUUAAGGGCGUCAAUAUUGCCGGUCCGGGAGAGCCCAGUGAAGCCACUGAACCACAUGUUGUAAAAGACAGAAACCAAAAGCCAUAUAUUGAUAGAACUAAUCUGAAGAAUACAACCAUCAAAGCGGAUCGUUCUCACAUAUAUGAUGACGACAGAGGUGAACCGCCGACGACUGUUGUCAAGACUUUCAGUAACGACAGCAUCAAACUAUCGGACAAUUUGAACAUUAAGAUCGAGAAUAUUGACUAUCACUCGGAACUGACUGUAUCAAAAGCUACGCGAGAGCAGUCGGGAAAGUAUAAGACUACGGCUACCAAUAGAAACGUUAGCGAUUCGGUUGAAGUCGAACUCACAGUACUGGCCGCUCCUUCUAGACCUGAAGGACCUCUUGAGGUGACUGAUGUACACAAGGAGGGCUGUAAAUUGAAACGGAAACCAUACGAUGACGGAGGAACUCCUAUUGGAUGCUAUGAAGUGAAGAAAAUGGAUGAAGAAACUGGUCGAUGGGUUCCGUGCGAUAAAACUAAGGAUUGUCAGAUGCAAGUGUCAAAUUUGGUUCCCGAAAGAAAAUAUAAGUUGCAGGCCGUCAAAAAAAAGGCGACUUAGAAGAACUCGAAACGGAUCACUCGACAGUGACUGAGAAUCCGUUCGAUGAUCCGCCGAAACCGGAACGAAACGAACCACUUAAUACUUAUGAAAAAAGGAAAUAUAUCGUUAAAAAUACAAAAAUACCAC